ACUAAGUCCAUAACACCACCAACCACAUUUACACACUCACAAAGAAACAAAGACUUCUUCACUUCACCAAAGUCAUGGCUUCCAAUUACAUUUACAACAUUUGCUUUGUGUCCUUACUCAUUUACUUGCUAUCCAUAAACAACAAUUCACUUCUUCCUCAAGCAAAUGCAGCAGGAAGAAGAGGAAGUUGUGGAAAUGCACCAGCUGCUAGCCUAGCCCCAUGUCUUGGUGCAGCUAAAAAUGCAAGGGCUAAAGUCCCUCCAAUGUGUUGUGGCAAAGUUGGGGCAUUGCUAAAGACUUCUCCAAAGUGUCUAUGUGCUGCAAUAUUGUCACCAGAAGCCAAAAAUGCUGGAGCCAAUCCUGCUAUUGCUAUCACUAUCCCAAAGAGGUGCAACAUCAAGAAUAGGCCUGUUGGAAAGAAAUGUGGACGAUAUACGGUUCCAUGAGCUUAGAGUCUCAGCUUGGGUGGAGGAAUAAAGAUGAAUUUCCAGCUGCUUGUGUUAUUAUGUUUCAUAAAUAUUAGAGUAUUUCCAGUUUGCUAUAAAAUAAAUUGUUGCUAGUUUGAUGUUAUGUUUAACAAAUGUACUACACUUACAUAGCUCUAUUCAUCGUGUUUAGAUGAUUAAAUGGACUAUUAGCUUUCUUGUU